UGCGAGAGUUGUAGGUGCAUUUUGAUUUGUUAGUGUGUAUGUGUGUGUGUGUGUAUGAGUGUGUGUGUAUGUGAGAGUUCGAGUUGAAGUACAGUUCGGAGUGUGUGUGUGUGCGCGCGCGCAUUAACAGGUCAUGUCUGAGUUUUCGUUAGCGGAUGCGAUAGGGGAUGAUGCCUCCAGUCAGGCGAAUAAAACAGCCCAUGGCAAGUCGUCAGCCCCUACAGCUCCUGCUGCCCCCUCGUGGCCCGGUGCUGCCCCAGCUGGCCCAGCUGCCCCUGCGUGGCCCGGAGCGAACCCUGCUGCCCCAGCUGGCCCAGCUGCCCCUGCGUGGCCCGGAGCGACCCCUGCUGCCCCAGCUGGCCCAGCUGCCCCUGCGUGGCCCGGAGCGACCCCAGCUGGCCCAGCUGCCCCGGCGUGGCCCGGAGCGACCCCAGCUGGCCCAGCUGCCCCUGCGUGGCCCGGAUCGACCCCUGCUGCCCCUGCGUGGCCCGGUGGACCUCCUGCUGUUCCUGGUGCUCCUGCUGCUCCUUCUUGGCCUGGUGCACCCUCAUCUGGCCCCGCUGCUCCUGCAUGGCCUGGUGCUGCCCCAGGUGGGCCAAACGUACCCCCCUCUGGAGGUCCUGCUGCUCCUUCCCCUGCCCCAGGAGCUCCAGGCCAGUUUCCCAGCAUGCCGUCUGCCCCAGGCGGAUACCCCACUGGCCCUGGGAUGCCAGGACAGUUUCCUGGAAUGUACCCCUCUCCACCUGGUGGUCCUCAUGCUCCCUACCCCAACAUGCCCUACCAAGGAAAUAUGUAUGGGCCUGGAGGCCCCGCCCAGUUUCCUCCUGCCGUAGGGUUUCCUGGAGGAGCGUUCCCACCUGUGCCCUCUGGCUCAUGGGGACCGCCCACAGGCCCACAGGCAGGACCCUACGGAGGCCCUGGUGCUCCUGGAGGAAUGCUGCCAGUACCGUAUGACCUGCCGCUCCAUGCUGGAAUUAUGCCACGCCUUCUCCUCACGAUAGUGGGAGCACCUGUACCUGGAGGAGACAGGUUUCAGGUGGACCUGAUGAAGGGAGCAGACGUAGUGUUCCACUUUAACCCUCGGUUCUCUGAGCAGACCAUCGUCAGGAACUCCAACAUGUCCGGGUACUGGGGUCCAGAGGAGAGAGAGGGAGGCUUUCCCUUCAUCCAGGGGCAACAGUUUGAGCUGAAGAUCCUGGUGGAAGAGGACGUGUAUAAAGUGGCUGUAGAUGGAGUUCAUAUUCUGGAGUAUGAGCACCGAGCAGGAGGGAUGGAGCAGGUCACACUGCUGAGAGUGUGUGGAGACGUCAACUUAUAUAGCGUCGCUCCGUCAAUCAUCUAAUCGCCUGACACACACACACACACACACAC